AUGGCAUCUGCAACUGACAUCAUAACCUACAUUGGCGUCCCCCUCGCUGUGGUCGGUGUCCUCCCGAUCCUCUACACCUUCGUCCUCGCGAUCUUCACGCGGCGUAGAAUUCAGGCGGUGCUGGUGCAUCAUGGCCACAAACCGCUCACCUCGACGCGCCACCAUGACGGAUUCACCAUUCGCAGCUCCCCCAUGACGAGCCUGCUCGAGGUCGAGCUGCCUCGCUAUACCAUAGCGCCUUUCGAUAGGAGCAGUGACGAGUAUUGGCGGCCCACGGGAGACGGCGAAGAGCAGGAUGAGGAGAGCCAACGACUGCUAAAUCGAGCGGAAAGUACGCUAAGCAUGGUGGAAGAAGGGCGGGUCAGAGGCUACCUAAGAGGGGGAAGCUGGAGAGCGUUCAAUUGGAAGAAACUCAUUGUUGGAAAGAAAUUAUACAGAUUGCAGUACGAAGAUGAAUUGCGAGAGCCUGCAGCGGAGAUUGACUUUUCUGAUCUCGUGCAUUAUCUUCUCGACUGGGGCGCUGUUCCCGAUGCUAUGGGCUGGGAGCAGCUGAAGUCCGGUGGACUUUGGACUCCAGCUGGAACAGUGCUGUUGAGAAAGGCCGGUAGAGGAGACAAUACCCCCAAGGCGCACAUGGAUUGGGUGCUGAGGACGACCAUGCCAGACGAAAGCGACGGUGUGCUCAGUCUCACUAUCAGAUGGUCGAAAGACGCACAAGCUAUCUCUGACCUCCGCGGUGCUGCCAGCCUACCUCCGGGAUGGGGACGACUGAAGCAACCAGCACUUCUUGACUCCCCAGAUUCGGAGAGGUCUUCCGAAGCCGGACAGAACCUGCCAGCGCGUAUUGAAGCUCUGAAGCUCACGUCGAAGUAUGCUCGCGACAGCACAUCCUUUCGUUUCGUCGCCAGCGACAACCGCAUUCACCAGGCUCACUGGGAAACCUCCAACAUGUGCACAGGAUCACUCACACAACCUUUCCUCGAUCCCGAACACACUGCCUCCGCAACGUGGUUCACCAGUGCCGCCGCUGCCUGUCUCCUUAUACAGCGACCGCCUGCCAGCCACCUAUGGGGCUUCAAUCUCCCGCCCCACCUGGCAGCUUUCUCCCGCAAAGACUCCAUGCCUUGUGGCAUCCUCGUACUUCUAGGCAUCCUCGCCGAAGACGCCACGCCGCAGUGGUCCCUCUCAUCAUCUGACACAGACGCCUUGGCCUCGGCCAGCGCGAGCAACGCGGCGCAGCGCCAUCACCAGCGCUUCCUCGCUCGGCGCGAAGCUGAGAGGCUGGAAGCCACCAUGCCGCCCGAUCAGGCGCGCGUGCACCGGGCGAACCGCGAGGCCGAGUUCCAUCGACAGCAGCGUGCGGAUAUAUCGGAGAAGAUGGCGGAGCUGAGGCAGCGAGACGAGCGAAGGGUCGCAGAUGCGAUCGCGAGUCCGCGUUUAAGCCCGGUGAGGGUGGCGGAGGCGUGUCUCGCGUGGCUGGCUCGAAGGGGAGAGGUUGGCGCGGAAUGGGAUGUGAGGCAGCUGGCGGAGGCGGUGUUGUAUCUUAUGGUGUUGGAUGGACGGGGAUUCGAGAAGAAAGGAGAGGGAGACGAGGAAGAGAAGAAUGAGGGCCGUAUUGUGGUGCAGGUGUUGGAAGAGUGGAUGGAUUGGAAUGCCGCCGGGGGUAUGAAGCGUCAGCAUUUUCUUUUCCUCGAGCAACGGAAGCUCGAGUUUUGCUUCGCUGCUAGCAUUAUUGCGGUGAUCCAUAUGGCGGAGGCUACUGGCCAGCGAAAGGCGAAUGUCGACAUGAUGGAGUGCCUGCGGUUGUGGAGGACUGUAAGGCUCGGGUGA